AUGGGGAUCGGAAUGUUUCUCUCGGUGAAAGCCAUGGUGAUUGCCGCCGUCACUGACACAAAGAGGCUCAAAAUCAGCAGAAAUCCCCAGAAUCUAAGCUCAGAAACAGUGCCAAUGAGCAUAUUCUGGCUGCUUCUGCAGUACAUUCUCCUCAGAAUCUCCGACAUCUUCACCGUGGUCGGGAUGCAAGAGUUUUUCUACUCCGAAGUCCUGGUGAACAUGAGAACCUUAGGGAUAGCUCUGUACACUAGCGUCUUCGGUUUCGGAAGCUUCUUCAGCCCCCUGCUUAUCUCUAUUGUAGAACAUUUCACCAGCUCCACGGCAAAUCCAAUCGCUAUGCUAUGGACCCGUAUGGAGAGCAAUCAAAAUAUAAGUGGAAGUGGAACUGGACCUCUUCCAUCUUCAACAGUGGAUGAACAAGGAGUACAAACCCCAGGCAUUGAGACAAGUGCUCAACAGCCUAUGGCCACUCCUAAAGUUCCUGCUGUUAAGAAGAGGAAGGAAAUAGAGUCUAGAUCCAUAGUGUGGGAGCACUUUGAACAGAUCAAAGAUCCUGAAACUCAAAAAGUUCUUAAAGGCAAAUGCCUUUACUAUGCAAAAGAGUAUUUUUGUGAAACUAAAAAACAUGGCACAUCAUCAUUAAGAAAUCAUAUGGGCAGUUGUCUUAAAAAUCCCCAUUCAAAGGAUAUAAGGCAGUCUCUACUCACAUUCAACACUCUGUCCACUUCUGAGGGUGGGACAGAGGCUCCUGUGGGUGUUUUGGGGACAUGGGUAUUUAAUCAAGAUGCCAUUAGGAGGGCCCUUUGUGAGAUGAUAAUCAUACAUGAGCUCCCUUUUAGGUUUGUAGAGGGCCAGGGGUUCAAGAGGUUUAUUCUGGUUGCUUGUCCUAGGUUUCUUAUCCCUUCUAGGUGGACAAUUUCUAGGGACAUCUACCAAAUAUUUCUUGAUGAGAGGCUAAACCUUAAGAAGUUGUUUAGAGUGGGAACUCAAAGGGGGGAGUACAUUGCAAAAGCCCUAGAGAGUUGUUUAUUAGAGUGGGGAAUUAAGAAUGUGUUUACUGUAACAGUAGAUAAUGCCUCCUUUAAUGACACAGCUAUGGGGUUUUUUAAGAGUAAACUGUUAUCUUGGGGUUCUUCUUCUGUUAAGGUUCAGUACAUGCACAUGAGGUGCAUAGCCCAUAUCCUCAAUUUAGUGGUCCAAGAUGGGUUGAAGUUUGCAGAUGAGUCAGUUAAGAGGGUGAGGGAUGCAGUGAGAUGGGUUAGGAACUCACCAGCUAGGCUGACAAAGUUCAGAGAGUUUGCUGAACUGUUUGGUGUGGAAGCUAAAUCAGCUUUGCAUCUUGAUGUCCCUACAAGGUGGAACAGCACAUACAUUAUGCUCAAUAUUGCAAUUCAAUAUCAAGUAGUGUUUGAUGCAUAUGAGAGAAAUGACCCCUCUUAUUCUGCUGACUUGGGGAGUGCUCCUACCUUCUUGGAUUGGUGUUCUGUGGAAAGCUUAGUGAAGCUGUUGAAAGCAUUUUAUGAUAUGACAGUGAGGAUCUCUGGUUCACUUUAUGUCACAUCUAACACAUUCUUCUCUGAGAUCUCUGAUCUUAGUUGCAUGCUUGAAGCUAUGGUGAACUCUGAGCAGGGGACUGAAAAGGCAAUGGGGACACAAAUGAGGAACAAAGAUAAGUUGGAGUACAUGCCUCAUCAAUUUGUCCAGUUGUAUGGAGAAGAGAAAGGCAAAGCUUGUUUUACCAAGUUCCAAUCUGCAAUGGCUGCUUUAUAUGAUGACUAUGCAGCUACAUACUCUCUCAGUUCUACCCAGAUAGCAUCCUCUACUCAAGUAGUCCAGUCUGAGGCUAACCAGGCUACUACUUGUACAGUUGGUAGGCCUCAGUCAUCUUUGAAGAGCCAACUUAAAAAAAAAAAGAGAUUGGAAAGUAGUGGAAGCAGUAAUCAAACUGAGCUGCAAGUAUACUUAAGUGAAAGUCUUGUGGAGGAUGAUGAAUCUGUCCCAUUUGAUGUGUUAAAGUGGUGGAAGAGCCAUAGUGAGAGAUUUCCUAUUCUCUCCAAAAUGGCUAGAGAUGUCCUUGCAGUUCCUAUCUCCACAGUUGCUUCUGAGAGUUGUUUUAGUACAUCUGGAAGGGUACUUGAUCCAUUUAGGAGUUCCUUGACUCCUAAAAUAGUGGAAGCACUAAUAUGUACUCAAGAUUGGUUGAGGGCACCUAAUCAGCCAAUCCAAGUUGAGGAGAACCUGGAGGAGGUUGAAAGAUUAGAGAAAGAAUUGCCCACUGGAGCUUCAUCUACUAUACCAUCAAUGUUUCCUACAAUCACUGUAAUUUUGAAUGUAUUUGUUUUAUUUGGUGGCUAUGAUGAAGCUUCCACUAUUGUCUGA